CUCUCUCUCUCUCUCUCUCUCUCUCUCUCUCUGGUCGAGGUUUGUUGCCGGAGGUUUGGGCAGACCAACCGUGGGCCAACCACUCGACCACAGAGGACAACUCCAGCUAGACCAUAGACGGCAACCACACACCACAGGAGGAGGAACAACAGAACAGAAAGAGAGAAAGAGAGCGAGAAACAUUUCGGGCUGAGAGGAGGAAAGAGUGCGAGAGAGUGACGGAAAGAGAGGGAGUAGAGACGAGAGAGAAUAGAAAGAGAAAAAUAGUCUGAGUGGGCAAGGUUCAGACGGCGUACGGAUUACACAGUGACUGAGUCACCCAGCCCUGGUUCUCUCAAACCACAGGGGCUCCUCGGCCUCCGCCGCUCCCAGGACCAGGACGCCUCGGCUGGGGAGGGAGAAGGACGAAGGGAGAGGAGAACAGCAGGGAGGAGGGGAGGGAGAUCACCAGAGAGCUGCCCUCUCAGAGCGUUCAAGGGGCCUGGUCACUUUGCAACCUCUGCCCUGCUCUAAUGGCUUCCAACAGCAUCUUUGAGUCUUGGUCAUCCCACCAACCAGGCUUUCUCAAAGACCAUCCCCCCGGUCGGCGCUUCACUCCCCCAUCCACCACCCUGUCAUCUGGGAAGGUGAGCGAGGGCUUGCCCCUGGGGGCCCAGGACAGCAGUGGCGCUGCCCUGGUGAGCAAGCUGCGCAUGGCGGACAGGGGCAUGGUGGAGGUGCUGUCAGACCACCCGGGAGAGCUGGUGAGGACGGACAGCCCCAACUUCCUGUGUUCAAUUCUGCCCACUCACUGGCGCUGCAACAAGACUCUGCCCAUCGCCUUCAAGGUGGUUGCCCUUGGAGACAUCCCAGACGGUACCUUGGUUACGGUGAUGGCAGGCAACGAUGAGAACUACUCAGCUGAGCUCCGCAACGCUACCGCCGCCAUCAAGAACCAGGUGGCCCGCUUCAACGACCUGCGCUUCGUAGGCCGCAGUGGACGAGGGAAGAGCUUCACUCUGACCAUCACCGUGUUCACCAACCCCCCCCAGGUGGCCACCUACCAGAGGGCCAUCAAGAUCACCGUGGAUGGGCCCCGCGAGCCACGACGCCACAGACAGAAGCUCGAUGACGUAAAGCCAGGCGCGCUGGCCUUCUCUGAGCGCCUGAGCGAGCUGGAGCAGCUAAGGCGGAACACCAUGAGGGUCACGCCCCCUCACCAUCACCACGCCCCUACGCCAAACACCCGGCCAGCCCUCCACCCCGCCCCUUUCACCAGCCCCUCCCACUCACAGAUUCCAGACUCCAGGCAGAUGCAGAGCUCCCCUUCCUGGUCCUAUGAGCCGUCCUAUCCCUACCUGGGCCAGAUGACCACGCCCACCAUCCACUCCAGCACGCCCAUCUCGCCCAGCCGCUCGUCUCUGGGUGACCUGCCCAGCCGCCUGUCAGGCCCUGACCUCACCGCGUUCGGUGACCCCAGGAUGACCCUGGAUCGCCCCUUCUCCUCCCUGCCCUCGCUCCCAGACGGACGCUUCUCCGACCCGCGCAUGCACUAUCCCUCCACCGCCGCCUUCACCUACACCCCCACCCCCGUCUCCAACAGCACCCUGGGCCUCUCCAUGGCCACCGCCAUGGCGUCCACCCCCACCGGCCGCUACCACACCUACCUCCCACCGCCCUACCCGUCAAACACCCCUCAGGGCCAAGGUGGACCCUUCCAGACCAGCUCAUCUCCUUAUCACCUGUAUUACAGCAAUGCGGCCGGGUCAUACCACUUCUCCAUGAUGGCGGGGGGAGGCGGAGAUCGCUCGCCUCCGAGGAUCCUUCCACCUUGCACCAACGCAUCCACGGGCUCCGCUCUCCUGCACCCGUCUCUGCCCAAUCAGAAUGAUGGUGUGGGCGUGGAGGCAGAGGGAAGUCACAGUAGUUCACCCACCAAUAUGGUGGCAGAGGCAGUGUGGCGGCCAUAUUGAAAGUGGCUCACAGGUGGAAUGAUGAUGGACAGGCCUGCUGGUCAAUGACAGGGGAAAGGUUACUUUAACCGGAGGUUUCCUAUUGGACAAAUCAAGGAUGAUUGUUUAGGCGGGAACCAAUUACAGGGUGCCAUUUUAUACUGAUAAGCAUGAAGCAAUGAACAGGACUGAAUUCAGCCGCGCUUGUUUUUUCUAAAGGGGUUCUUAGCCAUUCUUAUGAUUGUUGUGGAUGUACCGUCUUUGCUCAUGCCAAACGCCGUCGUGACUCAUGUGUGUAUGUGUGUGCCACGGCCUUCCUUCAACCCGACUCAGUUUCCUAUGUGAGACGAGCACUGUCGACACACGGUUAGUGACUGCUGUCACAUGGGGCUCUCUGGACACGGACACGGACACGCAUGCACUGAUCUUACAUCAGCUGGUUAGCUGGAUUACCAUAGUUGGAGAGAGGGAAAAAUACAGGUUCGACUGUUCCCGGGUCAGAGUUUAAAGGUCAUUAAAGGCUCUUUCUUGGUUCCAGAGAUGCAGAACUGUCACCCACACACAGUCAGUUGGUCACAGGCCAUUCAUUGAAUGAUUCCUUAAUUUAUUUAUUUCACAAUGUCUAUGGUUCUCCUAUCUCAUGUCGGUUGUCUGCGUGCGCGCGCCUGCGUGCGCCAGCGCGUGAAUGCGUGUGUGGGUGUGUCUUCGGAGGAGGUCAAGAGGAUGCACAAGACUCAUGAAUCACCUCCACGUGUACAUAACAUUCGACUGUAAAUGACACUGUCGAUGUCUAGUGAGGUCAUCAACGGCCACCCACAGUGAUUUGUAAUGUGUAAAGUAGCGCCAUAUACACCUUUUCUCACGUUUCAUUUUGUUUUACUUGACGAAUAUAAAUAUUGUUGUGAAGAAGGA